UCCCAACCUCUAAUAUAUAACUACAAACAUCUUUCAACAUUAUUGCAUUACAUUAUUUUCAUCCCACCAAAAAAAAAAAUAUCAUGGCUAAUCUCACUCUUCCAUUCUUCAUCUUCUCUAUUCUUUCUCUAACCGCCUUUGCCGCCACGGCCGCCACCACCACCACCGCCGCCACCGCCACCGCCACCUCUACAAACAACUUCAUCCAAACAAAAUGCAGUUGCACAGCCUACCCAACAGUUUGUGUACAAGCUCUCUCCUCCUAUGCCAACAAGAUCCAUAAAAGCCCACGCCAACUGGCCCAAACAGCUCUAAUAGUGACCCUAGCCAAGGCCCGUUACGCUAAGAGUUACAUAGCCCACUUGGCUCAAUCAAACGGGCUAAGGCCCAAAGAAAUUGGGUCGGUCAAGGACUGUUUAGAGGUUAUCGGGGACACGGUGGACCGGCUUAGUAAGUCGGUCCGGGAAUUCCAAGCCGCGGCCCGAUGUGGGCCCGAGGAAUUUUUAUGGCAUAUGAGUAAUGUACAAACUUGGGCUAGUGCAGCCCUCACGAAUGAGAAUACUUGUGUUGAUGGGUUUCAGGACCAAGGUGCAAAUAAUGGUAGGGUCCAAAUUGCAAUUAAGGGACAAUUAGAAGGUGUUAUGCAAUGUACUAGUAAUGCCCUUGCUUUGGUUAAUCAGUUUGCUAAUAAGUACUCUCCUAAACAUGUAUGAUCAUAAUAAUAUCGUACAAUAGUAUAAUUACGAGUACUUUUAUUAGUAAUGUUUAUGUGACCUACCAAAGAUAUGUAAUGAGGUAAGAAAGUUUUGGAGGAAUACUCUCCCUUUCUUUAGUUCGGUUUUGUACGGUUUUGUAAUAUGUAUAGUGGAUAAGAAAGGAAUAUAUACGACGUAUGUUUUUA